AUGAAAGACAUAUUGCAAAUUAUUGCACUUCUCUUGGGUUUUUUGGCAUGUGGGUCUGCUGUAUUAUCAUUACAUAAUCAGUACUGGAAAGAGUCUACAGACGAUGAUAGUGUCAUCAUCACCUCCGACAUUUUUGAGAACCUCUGGAUGUCCUGUGCGAUCGACUCCACCGGUACUUCUAAUUGUUGGAAUUUUCAGUCCAUGCUCGCUUUACCAGGUUAUAUCCAAGCAUGCCGUGCAUUAAUGAUCAUAUCUAUUGUGCUGGGCACAUUCGGACUGGUGGCAACUCUAGUGGGUAUGCAGUGUUCCAAAAUAGGAGGGGAAAAUUACGUAAUGAAGGAUCGGAUCGCUGGGGCUGGAGGUGUCUUCUUCAUACUUCAAGGUCUGUGCACGAUGAUUGCAGCGUCUUGGUAUGCUUUCAAUAUCACUCAGGAAUUCUUUGACCCACUUUAUCCAGGAAUAAAGUAUGAAAUCGGAGAUGGGCUAUACAUUGGUUGGAGUUCAGCCACAAUGGCUUUAUGUGGUGGCAGCUGCUUGCUGUGUUCCUGUGGAAUUCGCAGCCCAGAGGAAAAAAAAUCACAUCUUCAGAACUUCAGAUCAUACUCCUACCAGCCUCAAUCCAGACAUAUGGUUCAGACUGUAUCUGCAACAUCCAAUGUCCCUUCCAGCCAAUAUGGACUCAAUGUAUACGUGUAAGAAACUUACUGAAUACCUGGGAUCAACAAAGUUACAGACAUCACAAAACAGAGAACACACCAUGCAAGACCCUUUUUAUGCAUUAUGGUCAAAAUCUGCUAUAAAGCAGAAAUGUCACAUUUCUAAUGUAAAUAUUCUCUGAGGUUUACUGGAGAAUGGAGUCAUGUAAACAGGUUAUUGUAAUUAUUUCUGAGAUAAAAAUGUAUUCGCAUGCAGUAAAUUGUUGUUGUACAAGAAUUUGCAAGAAAAGAGCAGGGGGUUUUUGUUGAGACAAUUUUUUUUUUUUUAAAAACACUUCAAAAUAUGGAUGGGAGAAAAACUAAUAUUUUUCCGAUGCAUCUAUUUCAGUAAUUUACUUUCUAAAUGCUCUACGAAUGCAUAAUUUAUGCUGUCUGGAAUGCAGUACAUUUUGGACACAUGAUGCUUACUUACAGACCGCUGCUUUAAAAUGCUCACAUGCGCUUUUGUGUGCUCGUUCUGAAGCGCAAUUGCGGUAUGAGGCACUUGCACCUCAAAAUGCUUUUAUUAUGUGAAAGUACAGUCAAUUGUCUUCUUGACAGGACAAAACAUCUGAUAUGUUAAAACAGAGCUGUGCAUUAUAAUGUGUGAAUGCAGCCUAUUAGACCUGCCUCUGUCUGAUGUCAUCAGUCAGCAAACAGCAAAAAAUGUUUAUAAAACUAAUAUAACUAAUUUAAUAAAAAUGC